UUCAUGUGCGUUAUUGUUUAUCUUUGAAUGCAAAAGUGUUUAUUGCAAACGGGGAUUGCAAUUAUUUCCUGAUAUUACUGUACUGGCUUCUCAGUAAACCGACUCUGAACACCCAUGCCCGCCUCAGAUUGUUGCCUUCGUCUCUGCAGAUGAUGACCAGCUCUGUCUUUUAAAGGAGAGGACAAGACAUCCCCCACAGGGUUCCAGCCUAGAGCUACAGGACCCUGAGACAUUAGUUUAACAGAACCAGUUUCUCUGCCCAGAUUGAGACUAGGGGUAAUGUUCCCCUGCUCAGACGUUGCAUUCAUCAACCAAUGGUUGCCUGCCACGCCAUCAACUGUGUCAUCGACUGACAGAUUGCUAUAACAUGAUUUGGUUAGUUGAAACUUAAAAUACAUAUCCAGGCUAUGUGAGGUCAGGGGUCAGCAACUUCUGACCAGAGGAACGCGCCUUACAUUAACUCAAAAUGGAGGGAGGAGAUUUACUGCAUAGCGUUAGCCUAAAUCAACUCAAAAUGGCUGCUGUUGUUUCUUUACCUAUCGUGAGACUCCACAGACUAACGGAGGAUCAACUGUCUCUCGCUGCUCAGAAUAACAAACCAGGCAGAAAACCAACGAAGAAGAACAACUUCACCACCAGGGGAAAGAAACAAUCCACAGGAAAAGGAAAUGACUCUGCUGACAGCAAAAGUGUUUCUAGCCAGGAAUCACCGGCCCCUAAGUGGUGGGGUCGCCCCAAGGGAACCAAAAACAAACCCAAAAUAAGUCUACAACUCUCCAGUGCCAUCUUGAGGCCUGACGAGAUAAAACAAGAGGUGAAACAAGAGAUGGAUGAGCUGCCUAUCGAAAUGAGAAGUGAUGAACACUGGUUGAACUCUGUGAAGACAGAGAGCUACGACCCAGAGAUGGGUAACACCAGGGGACCUACAGAGAGCGACCCCAGGACAGAUGCACAUCACCUGGGUAUCAAGACGGAGGAUGUCCCCCUGUACCACCAGGAUGGAGGGAGGCGGCUGCGGUCGUCUACCGUUCAGCCAUUCAAUCUGGCUGCGUUGCGGUCCGAGACGGAAUGGUGGCCUCGCAACCAGAAGGUCCGCCGGUUCCCGUGUCCAGAUUGCGGCCAGAAGUUCUUCUCCAAAACCACACUGGAGUUACAUUCCCGGAUCCACACCCGGUACCAGCCGUACUCCUGUGAGGUGUGCCAUAAAACCUUCUCCCGGAAAGGCGGUCUGGUCGAGCACCGACCAAUCCAUACGGCGGAACGCCCCUUUGCCUGCCUCCAAUGUGGCAGAACCUUCACGUUCAAAUCUAACCUGACCCGCCACAUGCGGUUCCACGGCGACGCGCGGCCCUACGUCUGCUUCCAGUGCGGCCAAGGCUUCAAGAUCUCCGCCCAACUCAAGAGCCACAUGAUUUCCCACAGCGGGAAUAAACCGUACGUGUGCCCGGAGUGCGGCCAGUGUUUCGUCCGUUACAUGAGUCUGAAGUAUCACCGGCUGAGCCACACCGGCGAGCGCCCGCUGUCCUGCCCAGAGUGUCCCAUGACCUUUGCCCGGCCGCACACCCUUAUGAUCCACCGGCGACAGCACACCGGGGAGACGCCGUUUUCUUGCCAGGACUGCGGGAAGAGGUUCAAACAGGGGUGCCAACUGAAAGACCACGUUAGAAGGAAACACACAGGGGAGAAACCGUACAAAUGCUCCGAGUGUGACAAGUGCUUCGUCACUUCGGCGUCCCGUAAAGUGCACAUGGUUGUCCACACAGGAGAGAAGCCGUACAAAUGCACAGAGUGCUGUAGGAGCUACAGUCAGAGUGGGGGCCUGAAGAGGCACAGGUGUGAGCAGCGAACCAGGUGAGAGGAACCUCGGGGUAUUCCCCAAAUGGCACCCUAUUCUCUAAGUAGUGCACUAGGGACCAUAGGGCUCUGGUCAAACGUAGUGCAUUAUAUAGGGAAUAGGGCUCUGGUCAAAAGUAGUGCACUGUAUAGUGAAUAGGGUGCCAUUUUGGACAUAGACCCAGUGUUCUGAGUGUAGGAAGUGGAGAGUGGAACCUUAAAGCAGCACAGGUGUAAGCAGCCACGUAGGUGACAGAAGUCAGGUGAGAGGAUUCUCAGGUGUCCUGAGUUGGGAAACUGGCCUUUGUUUAUGCAGGAUUUAAAGAAGCAAUCUGGGAUCGGUACAUACGUUUUUAAAACUUUGAUUCUUGAGGAAUAUAACUUAGAAAUGCCUCUUGAAUUUAGUUAAAUUGUUUUACCCCAUCAGAACUCUAAAUAUAUGAUCGCCUCACCAGGGAAAACAAUAGGCUGUUACAUUCUAUCAGUUAUUGAUCCCUCAAUAAAAUGAUCUGUUUUCACUGUGAUGCAGUCCCACUCU